GGGUGGGACGUGGGCGCGAGGAGUCAGGUGGUAGCUACAACGACGGCGAGGGGAGCUGAAACUGUCUGGGCAGUGAGGCUAGGCCAGGAGGAUCAUGUGAAUGGGGCCAGGGGGCUCCUGGGCUGGACAGGGACCAUGGGCUGUGGCUGCAGCUCAAACCCUGAAGAUGACUGGAUGGAAAACAUCGAUGUAUGUGAGAACUGCCAUUACCCCAUAGUCCCACUGGAUGGCAAGGCUAUGCUGCCCAUCCGGAAUGGCUCUGAGGUGCGGGAUCCACUGGUCACCUACCAGGACACCAACCCCCCAGCUUCCCCACUGCAAGACAACCUGGUUAUCGCCCUGCACAGCUAUGAGCCCUCUCACGAUGGAGACCUGGGCUUCGAGAAGGGUGAACAGCUCCGUAUCCUGGAGCAGAACGGCGAGUGGUGGAAGGCGCAGUCCCUGACCACAGGCCAGGAAGGUUUCAUUCCCUUCAACUUCGUGGCCAAAGCAAACAGCCUGGAGCCCGAACCCUGGUUCUUCAAAAACCUGAGCCGCAAGGAUGCUGAACGGCAGCUGCUGGCCCCCGGGAACACGCACGGCUCCUUCCUGAUCCGGGAGAGCGAGAGCACCGCGGGAUCGUUUUCCCUGUCCGUGCGGGACUUCGACCAGAACCAGGGAGAGGUGGUGAAACAUUACAAGAUCCGUAACCUGGACAAAGGGGGCUUCUACAUCUCCCCCCGCAUCACGUUCCCCGGCCUGCACGAGCUGGUCCGCCAUUACACCAAUGCUCAGGACGGGCUGUGCACGCGGCUGAGCCGCCCCUGCCAGACCCAGAAGCCCCAGAAACCGUGGUGGGAGGACGAGUGGGAGGUUCCCCGGGAGACGCUGAAGCUCGUGGAGCGGCUGGGGGCUGGCCAGUUCGGGGAGGUGUGGAUGGGGUACUACAACGGGCACACAAAGGUGGCAGUGAAGAGCCUGAAGCAGGGCAGCAUGUCCCCCGACGCCUUCCUGGCCGAGGCCAACCUCAUGAAGCAGUUGCAACACCAGCGGCUGGUCCGGCUCUACGCGGUGGUCACUCAGGAGCCCAUCUACAUCAUCACCGAAUACAUGGAGAACGGGAGCCUGGUGGAUUUUCUCAAGACCUCUGCAGGCAUCAAGCUGACCAUCAACAAACUCUUGGAUAUGGCAGCCCAAAUUGCAGAGGGCAUGGCGUUUAUUGAAGAGCGAAAUUAUAUCCACCGUGACCUGAGGGCUGCCAACAUCCUGGUGUCUGACACCCUGAGCUGCAAGAUCGCAGACUUUGGCCUCGCACGCCUCAUUGAGGACAACGAGUACACAGCCAGGGAGGGGGCCAAGUUUCCCAUUAAGUGGACAGCACCAGAAGCCAUUAACUAUGGGACCUUCACCAUCAAGUCGGACGUGUGGUCUUUUGGGAUCCUGCUAACGGAGAUUGUUACCCAUGGCCGCAUCCCUUACCCAGGGAUGACCAAUCCUGAGGUGAUUCAGAACCUGGAGCGAGGCUACCGCAUGGUGCGACCUGACAAUUGUCCAGAGGAGCUGUACCACCUCAUGAUGCUGUGCUGGAAGGAGCGCCCAGAGGACCGACCUACCUUUGACUACCUGCGCAGCGUGCUGGAGGACUUCUUCACAGCCACGGAGGGCCAGUACCAGCCCCAGCCCUGAGAGCCCCAGCUGGGCCUGGAGCCCUGCCCUCAUCUAGCCAACCUGGCUGGGGAGAAGCAGUUUUUGUGCCAUACCCAUGUGGCCUAUGCACAUAUGGACACUGCAUGUGGAUCUUACCCACAUGUGACACAUAUGCCUCUUAUGUUUUAUACACCAGUUCUUUAGUUGUGUGGGUUCUGCAUGUGUCUCGUACAUGUACAGCCUGUGCAUAUAUGUCUUGGACAACUGUCCAAGCUAUCCCUUUCUGGGCCCUCCCACUUCCUGAGACCACUUGAGAAAGGAGAGAGGCCUGCGAUCGACACCAACUUCUGCCUGCCCCCUUUUCCUUUCCCCCGAUCAACAAGAAGCUCCUUGAGGAGGGGACCUUAUCUAAUACCUCUGUGUGCUCCUCUUUGGUGCCUGGCACACAUCAGGAGCUCAAUAAAUGUUUGUUUGUUGAUGAUGAAGAUUGAGCAUUUCUCUGCUCUGCACUCCCAUUUCUUCUUCCCUGUGAGGGGAGAGUGGGGGUUCAGAAGAUGAUAACCAUGAAUUGGGGUGAAAGAUGGAAUGAGAGGAUGUCUGAACUUUUUCCAGCUCUGCUGAUGCUGAGGGCCAGGAGGAGGUCCCUAUGCUUUCCUGUCUGGGCUCUUUG